CUUGCUUCCUGUGAGGAGGGGAGGAACUGGGUCUUAGUGCGGGUGCCACAGAAGCGUGCUGUUUUUGCUGCUCUCCACCAGCUGCCGGCCAGUACCGAAAGACUUCUGCGGCCAAGCCAUCAUGCCCAGAGGAAAGAAGAGUAAGGCCCGUGCUCGUGAGAAACGUCGCCAGGUCCAGGAAGAGGCCCGGGGGCUCAAGGAUACUCAAGCCAAGGCAGCAGAGAAAGGAGAGUCAUCCUCCUGCUCUGAUCAUGAUUCUGGAGAUGCUUUUGCAAGCACCUCUACUGCUGGCUUCCCUCAGAGCAAGGCACUUACCACCUCUGCUGGUAUAGGCAUGACCCGCAAAAGGUCUGGUAAAGGUUCAAAGGGCCGAGAAGAGAAAAAUGGUAGUUCUUGUAGUUUCCCACUCUCUGGAAGCAAACAGAUUGAUCUUCUAUCAAGGAAGAUAGGAAUGCUGGUAGAGUACAUGCUCUGCAAGUACAAAAUUAAGCAGCCUGCAAGGAGGGGAGAAAUGCUGAAAGUUAUCAACAAAAGGUUCAAGGAGCAGUUCCCUGAUAUCCUCAAGAAAGCCGCCCAUCGAUUAGAUGUGGUGUUUGGUCUUGAGGUGAAAGAAGUCCAGCCCCAUGGUCAAACCUACAUUCUUGUCAGUAAGCUAGAAUUCCAGGAUGAUGGAAGUGAGAGCAGUGAGCUGGGUGUUCCUACUAGGGGCAUUCUGAUCCCCCUCCUAAGUGUGAUCUACUUAAACAACUACUGUGCCCCAGAGAAGGAGGUCUGGCACUUCCUGAAUAUGUUAGGAGUCUAUGAUGGGGUCCCACACAUCAUCUUUGGGAACACCAGGAAGCUCAUCACUGAAGAUCUAGUGCAGGAAGAGUACCUAGAAUACCGUGAGGUUCCUGAUAGUGACCCUCCGUCCUAUCAGUUCCUGUGGGGUUCAAAAGCCUAUGCUGAAUCCAGCAAGAGAAAGGUGAUGGACUUUUUAGGUAAGGUCAGUGAAACCAUGCCCAGUUCUUACUCAUUUCGUUGUGAACAGGCUUUGAUUGAAGAGGAAGAAAAAGCUGAAGCUGAAGCCGCAGCCAAGCCUGGCACUAAGGGCAAAGCCAAGGGACAUUCUAAGUCCUAGUUGAGCAAUCCUACUCACUAGUGAAAUAUAAGGUAGCCUCCACUAUGUGACUGAAGAGGGUCUGUUCAUCUUUUUGCAAAAAAAAAGUUGUUGAUAAAGUUUUAGGGACUUUUAGCAAAAUAUUAGCUUGGAAUUAGAAUGCAUAUUGAUAACUUUUGUAGACUGUGCCUAAUGUCUGUUUAUCAAGCUGAAUGUUCAAACUUUGUAUUAAUUCAAAAUACAAAUUAGAACAUAACAUUUAUUCAGGGAAAAUCUCAGAGAUAGAAAAAUCUGUAGAAAAAUAUUUGAGAAUAGCCAAUAUUAUUUGGUCAUUUGUUGGUUUGUUUACUUAAAUUACUGUUUUUGAACGUAUAAAUGUACACUUCCAUUUGUUUUUGACAUUAAAGAAUG